GUCUGGUUGCGGUUGAGACCUCGUUAACACCUUCUUCUAACUCUAAUUUCCCCAGGUGGAAUUCGUGUCGGCAUAAAUUGUGUCGGCGAAUGUAAAGCUCACGCGCCUGUCUUGCGUCGUACUGUGGCGUCCUCAGCGCACUGCGUCAUGGCGACAGCGGUGAAAAAGUUACGCAUUUCCUAACCGGACUGUGCGGCGUAUUACUGUGGCAGUCAGCACAUACAUGUUAUAGUGGAUUACAGUGUGUCAGAGGCAGCAGGAGCCCUAGUCCCAAAGAGAGGUGGCUCUUUUAAAAUGGAGGAGCUGGCUCUAAGUGCCUUGCUGGAAUGUCCUCUGUGUCUUGAGCCACUGGAUGUGUCAGCCAAGGUGCUGCCCUGCCAGCACACUUUUUGUAUGUCCUGCCUGCAGAUGCAGGAGACAGCGCACUCCCAGCUGCUCUGCCCAGAGUGUCGCGCUCCUGUACCGGCCAGGACGGUGGAGGAGCUUCCUGCUAACUUGCUGCUAGUGCAACUCCUGGAGGGGCUCCGGGGCUCCCAGGGGCCCAGCAGGGACAGACAGACAGCCCGUUACGCAGUACCCUCGGUCAGGGGAGGCUUGAGAGUUAGGGAGGGUCAGCAGCAGCAGCAGCAGCAGCAGCAGCAGCAGCAGGAGAGUCAACACAGAGAGAAGCAAGGGCACAAUGAGCUUGCUCUCAGAGCUUUCAUGCGAAACCAACGAGGUGAUUCGUCAGAAGAGCCGGUCCUCGCGCCAGGUAACGGGAUCACCCCAAAACACAAAGUGGAUGAGAGCUGGAACCACGGAAACACCGGUGAGAGUAGCAGUGCAUCCGUCACUGCCAGUACGCUGCAGGCCGUCAGCCAGAUGCCACAGCCCCUCCAGCAGUCCCAACCUCCAGCUCUCUGCAGGGCGCUGCAUGACUUUAACCCCGAAGAGAGGAAUCUGGAAGACAGUAAAUAUUGUCUCAGCUUCCUCAAGGGAGACAUCCUUACUGUCAUCCGACGGGUGGAUGAACACUGGAUUGAAGCCAAGCUUGGUGAGAAAGUUGGAAUUUUCCCUCUGCAGUUUACAGAGCAUCUCUCUCAGCACCAGUCAACCCUUCCUAGCUUAUUGGAUGAUACUUAUGCUCCUGCCUGCCUGCCUGUCCAACAAGUUGUAGGGCCAAACCCAGUGGCUGCCAAACUGCUAGAGGGAAAGAAUCGGAGGAAGAGUGACUCAGAAUUGACACGGACUGGGAGUGGGGGCAAAGACAAGACCACUGACGUAUCCAAUAGGACCACCCAUUACAGAGUCCUUCAAGUCCCAGCAAAGACACCCAUGAUCAAUGCUUUGCCCCUCUCCAACCAGCGGAAACAGCCCGCAGCCAGCAGCAUCAACUUUUAUCCAACUACCAAAGGAGAGACAACCAAUAUCAGCACUUUCAACAGCUUCAACCGUCAGGGUCAGCCACACCACCGCUCUGUGUCUCUUGCUGCCCGGGGCCACUCUCAUCCAUCUAGAGUAAACUCUCAGCGAAUUAGACGCCACUCUGACACUACACACAGACACCUGUUACAGAGUGAGAAGAAGAUGACCAGUGAGACUCCACCCAACAUUGCUAUGGCUCUGGUAAACCCCCAAAUGUCCUCUGCCUCUGCAGACAGCAAAAACUCCACACAGCAGCUCUCCAUCAGUGUGUGUGCCGUCCUGUACUCCUACAAACCACGACGGCCUGAGGAGCUGGAGCUCAGGAAAGGAGAGAUGGUGGGAGUGUACGGAAAGUUCAAAGAAGGCUGGCUGCGUGGGUUAUCGCUCAGAACAGGCAAAGUGGGCAUUCUGCCCAGCAACUACAUCACGCCUGUGCUCAGAACCUCGGCCAGACUUCUGGAGACCAAAGCAGCUAAUGGGUCCACACAGUACAACACAGUGGCUGGAAAGAAACCCACAGCUGCUAAGAAUCCUGCUGUGGUCCUUGCUCUUGAUAGGGUAAACUCUGAUGGAGCGAUAUACUCAACAGGACAGGUCCCAUCUGUGCCAAAUGGAGCACAGCAUGCAAUGUCAUCCACUGGCGCUGGGAAACCGUCCCUUUAUGGGGGUUCACAAGGUUGGGACACUGUAAGGCGCAUCUUUAACCCUCAUAGAGGCUCAAACCAUUUCUCCCAUACUUCCAAUCUGAACACCCUGUCCAACUCACAGCACUUUGCACAAGUUCAGGCAUCCGGCUACUCACCUGCCCUGCAGAGAAAGAAAUACAGCAGCAUCCUGUCCAACUCUGGCAGACCACGGGGCUGGAUGACUGAGCCAGCAGCGCCCUCUGCUGCUGCAGUCUUUAAGGACAGGGACUUCACUGCUUCACAUGAGGCAACGUUUCAGCAAGACAGACAGCCUCCCAAUGGGCCUCACUCUAUUCUAGUCAGACCUGACUCACACAAGAAUAAUACAGAGAAGCGAGCAAAGUCAGUGCGGUUCUUCACAGAUGAAGACUCCCCUCCUCCAAGACCUCGGACCUCCUCCUGGUCGUCAGGAAAUCAUGUUCCCUCCAACUCCCGCCCUGGCCCCCCUGCUUUAGAAGUGUGGGCCCCAUCGCUCACGCUGGGAAGAGACGGGCCGGGGAUCAUUCUCAAAGAAGGAAAAGCUCCUAUUCUCAGAAAAGGCAACGAAACUGCCACCUCAGAUCUAAAUUCUAACCCGCAAAAACCAAUGUUGUCACAGCCGUCGCUAUCAGCCGUGUCAGCUCAGUUUAGCCCCAGCAGACACAGAGUGACGACAACACAUUUAGCCCAGACAGACUCAGAGUUUAGUCUGCUUCAAGGAGAGUUGGUCCUUGUCCACAGACCUCGACCUGAUGGACGGAUUCUAAUUACUCAGGAGAGCAGUGGGCAGACAGGCUUAUUUCACAGCAUCGUUCUUCAAGCCCUCGAGAGGCUCAGCUGACUGUGUAGUACUACUGUAGUAGUGUAUAUUACUAUAUUCCAUGUGUUCAAAUUGCCAAAUGACUUGACUAACCUACUGAGGUGUUGAGGUUCAAGGUUAAUACUGCCAUUGACAAUCCUUUGAAGCUGUUUAUUUUGAUCCUGAGUGCAUAUGAGAGUGUGGUUAAAUUUCCCAGAGACAUAUUGUGUGAUCUUCAAUGUAUGUGCAUGUUUGUUACACAUGUACUAUUAUAAGAUUUGCACAAAAUCCCACCUAAUGACUGUUCCUUGUUACACGCAUUGGUGAGUGCCUUUGUCAUAACCCACAAAGAAACAAACUAUAUUUAAAUAUAUUUAGUGAAAUGAUGAGGUAAAAUAUAUGUACUGCUUAUGUGGUAAUAAACUAUACUUCCAG